GGUACAAAGCAGAAGAACGCAGUACUGAAAGCACUUCGCAGAUCAUUUUUCUGGAUGACACAUAGACUGAAAGUCUUGGUCUUGCAGGAAGCUCUAAGUGUAGGUGUAAUAAAGCAGCUGUCUUGUUACAAAAUAAAAAUAACUUAAAUACGCAUUGGAAAGAAGGCAUCGAUUGGACAACAGUAAACUUAUGGAUUUGUAGGAGAUAGUUAUGCGGAGAUAGUUUAGUUAUCAUUUGAUCUUACUUCCUGAAAUAUAUCAUCCGGCUUGUCUCCCCUGUGAAAGAAAUAUGGAGCACAUUUCUGCUUUAUUACGGCCAACUGUCAUUAUAUUUAUUUUGAACAUUUCAGAUGCUUUAGCAGGUAGUUUUUCUCUUUCAACACUGAAUCCUACAGUGGUUGCCUCACUAGGUGAAAAUGCUGUCCUUUCCUGUUAUAUUACACCUCUGGACCACCUGCAAGACCUACAGCUGAUAUGGGAAAAGACUGAUAUGGAAAUACCUGCUGUCAUCUAUGCUUACCAUCCAAAACACAAACAAAAGAAAAGGCAGGAUGAAGAUUACACAAGUCGCACUAUGCUGUUCAAAGAUGACUUUUCUAGAGGGAAUGUAUCACUAAUAAUGAGGCGUGUCCAACGAUCUGAUGAAGGAGCCUACACCUGUACAAUAAGUAAUUCAGUGGGGCAAGAGACAGUGUCCAUUUAUCUGACUGUAGCAGAUGAAUUUAAUCCGAGAAUGCCUCCUUGGUUGAUAGCCUUCACCACACUUGUAAUGGUCCUUAUGGUGCUUAUAUUUGUAGCAAUUUUUGCAAUACAAGGUCUAGUGAAGGUAAAUGUCAAGAACAGUACCGAAUCUGCUAACGCCACAUUCUCCAAGCUGCCUGCCUCAGCAAACGGGGAGAGCUUGCAAGAUACAAAACGGGUGGUUCAGUCUACAGAUCAAAAGUACAUCAUUGUUGAUAGGUUGGAGCCAAGUCCAGAUAUUCCAUUAACAUUUCAAGAACUGGCUUCUUCAUAUUGCCUUGGGUACUAACAACUAUAAGUACUAAAUUCGACGCAACCAAGUGGCCAGAGCAGAUGCGUUGUAACAUUCCUUAGCUGAAUAAUCUAGUUACAAUUCAUCAUCAUUGCAGCUAUGUAAAACUUAAUAAAGAGAAAGAAAACACUAUGUCUGAACAUUACUAAUUUACUGCAUUGUUAUACAAAUGGAAAACACAUGUAAAGCAAUCAUCCAAGUACAUUAAUCCUUGCUUCUCCACCUAUUACUGUUAUUUUAUUUGCUCUUUUUCUUUUUACACAUUUCCUUUCUUUGGCUCCACAUUUCCCUCUUUAUAAACCUUUCCUUAUGUCUUCCUAAUCAACUAGUCUGCUCCUAUGUAUGCUAUCAGUAGCUUCUUUCUGUACCUUUUGUCCUGUUAGCCACAGACAUUGUAAAUAUGUAUAUAAAAUUAGAUGUUACUUGUUAAAGCUGUUUCUGUAACAAUUAUAAUACGUUGUUGUAAAUAGUAUCUAUGUAACUAUGUUUGUGAUACUGGAAUAAUCUUCUCGUCAAAAAGAAUUAACAUUUUAUAAUUCUUAGAACAAUAAAGUGUUUCUUCCUGGA